AUGCCUUAUUUAGAGCUAGGAAGGAAAAGUGAAACUUUCUCUGAAAGUGCUCCUUUGGGCCAGUCUUUAGUUUUCGAACAUAAAUUUCCUGGCUUAGCUGAAGCUCCUUCUCCAAUUAAUGAUCAAAAGGAUGAUGGAGCAAUUGUACUUUCAGUAGAUCAUUUUUCGGGUCCACCAAAGACAUUGGCCGAUACUGAUCCCUCUGUACUCAAGAGUUCUAGCAAUGAAGAUGUAGUUAUGGUUGUUCCGACUGCUCUAAACCCAAACAAAGAAGUCACCAUUGGAAUAAUUUUCCUGGUAGUUUCCCUCGUAUUUCUGUUAAUUUUUGCAUUUUUUGUUUACGUUGGCUAUGUGCAAUACAAGGCCUUACUAAGUACAAAGGGCAAUGACUUAAUGGAUCUAGAGGGCUCUGCGGAAACAAUAGUCGUUGAAAAGCCAAGAAUGAAUGGUAAAAUUGACUACAAAAACUUAAAUUUCUCGACAAAUUCAAAAGAACACCAGUUUAGGGAAAGUGGGGGUAGUAAAGCUUCAGAGCCAAAACCGUCCUUGAUGUCCAAGUCCGUGAUUGUCGGUAAACUACCAGAGCCACAAGGGAGCCAUCUCAAGCAAACAUAUUUUAAGCCACCUAAACUUACCUCCAGGCUCAACAAGAUUGGUGAGUAUUCAGAAGAUUCACUCCUAAAUGAUUUAAGAGAAAAGCACGAAAUUGAUACUUCAAUGGGUCAUGAUACUCCUUAUUCUUUUGGUACUCCAAAGCAAAGAAAGGCUUUUAAGCCUCCAUUUGGUAACGGAAACAAGUCUGAAAAUAGUAUGGAGAAAAGAAUAGAAAGAAAGUCUGAAAGAAGGCCUGACAGAGCACCUAAAAUGGCUUUAGAAAAGAAGGCAGAGAAGAAAAUACUCAGCUCGCAUGUAUCUCAAAUGUUGAACAAGUACAGAAAAGAAUCACAAGGGCUAGGUGCAUUUAUUAAUGAUGUGGAAAAAGCUGAUCCAGGGUCAACGUUCCAUAGAGAACGGAUUGAAAAGCACAAACCAAACCCUCAGAAAAAAAUCACUUACAGUAUCAAAGAACUUGUCAAAUUAGAACCAGUGGACGUUUAUCAGAUGUUUGAGUAUAGCUAUGACGAUGGGGAUUUAUUAGUCACUGAUUUAAUCUUUCCGUCAAUUCCUGUCCUGAAGAAUAAUUUGUCAAUGAAUGAAAUUGAGAAAAUUUUAACUGAAAUCAGAAUUGGCUUGCUGAGUAGAAAAACAGAUUCAGUUACCAAGGUUAUUGAAUUGUUUAUAUUCAUUACCUUUUCAUUCGGUAUAAAGACAUAUGCAAAUCCAAAGGUCUUCACUUUACCUUACGGAAUCUUAGUUGAUACAAUGAUUCAAUUUGAUUUAGUCUCUCAGAUACCAGAACAAUUAUCUCUUGUUAUGCAAAGUGGCUUUGUUGAGACUAUCAUUCUGUAUUGUAUUAAUUGCUGGAAGUUUGAUAAAAUAAAUGAUGGCAGGAUCCAGCAGUUUUUUGAGGUAUGGAAUACAAAGCCAUAUAUUCCAACUAAAUUGAAGUUAUAUAAAUUCAUAGUCACAUUGUUACUACAAGGAUAUCGAAGCAGCUUAUUGAAAGAGGUUUUGAUUUUUUUCUCAAUCCCCCCUUCUCCUCAUUUGCUUCAGAAUAUCAUCACGGAAGCAUUGAAAAAUGAGACACCGCCAGACAUACAUGAUUUACUUCAGUACUUAAGAAGACAACUUCAAGAAGAGCAUUACAACUGCUGCUCUAAUACCGAGAAGUGGAGACAUUGGGAGUUCACAACUGCUGGAAUGAAAAAUUCACCCUCUGUUAACGAGCAGUUUGAAUCUUCAAUGUACAAAAUUCCGGGCAACAAAUAUGAAUCAUUGACAAAUGUUAAUUUUUCUAAUGAGGAGAAUAUAAAAAGACAACCGCAAAAGACUAGAAAUGCAUUAUCAGAUAACAAAUGUAUCGAGGCUUUGAACAAUGCUAAUUCAUUCCAGGUAUCCAAAGAGAAUAAACUCUUCAUUGGAGAAAACAUUUCGAAGCUUAGCUUACAACCUGAGUCCAUUAAGAUGUAUUCAAGUUCCGGUGAAUUGCCUGGCUCUUUAAUUGCAAGUCCUAUUCAUUCAAGUCCUAAAAACCUCUGA